AUGGCAUCAAUGUCGAUCCCCCCCUCCGAGACGAUUUCCCCACCCAUCUUUUACUGGGGGACACCGGUGGUAUUGAUCACAACGGAGAACGAAGAUGGAACAUCCAAUAUUGCGCCCAUGUCAUCAGCAUGGUGGCUGGGCAAUCGAUGCAUGCUGGGCCUAGGGGCCAUAUCACAAACCACGAUCAACUUGAUUCGAACCAAGCAAUGCGUGCUCAACCUCGCCUCCGACAACAUGGCCGCAGCUGUAAAUGCUCUAGCAAGAACAACGGGGUCAAAAGAGGUUUCAACUGCGACCGAGGGGAACGGAUAUUUGUACUUCAAGCGCAUGAACGGUUACAAGUAUAUGGAGGCCGAAUUGAAGAGGGUGUAUGAAAUGAUGCAGGACGCCGAGAUGAAAGGAUUCAUCGCCUUGGAGGUCCAGGUUCUGCGAACUCACGUCCAUGAAAAUAUUCGCAUGGCAGGGCAUGCCAACCGGAUUGACCCCGACAAAUGGCAUCCCUUGAUUAUGAGCUUUCAGGAGCUAUACGGACUGUCUCGCAAGAAAACUUCGCCGUCGAUUCUCGCCAAAAUUAACGAAGAGGGAUACCGGCCAUUCUCAAACCCCGUCGAUGAGGAGGUAACAACGGAAAAGGACGUAUAA